AUGUUCUGCCGGGCUCGUCUGCCUCUGACUCGCCUGGCAUGUUCUCUUGCGACACCAAGGUCGAACGUUCCUUACUUUGCUAUUCGUGGAGCCAAAACCAAGAGCACUAUCAAAUUUCGAGAACUACCACAAGGCCUUCUCACUCCCGCUCCGCUACCUGCGGUCGAUGAACACCCGGACGAUCAAACUCCGGCCUAUCCUCGUGUCAUACAACAACAUCUGAACCAUGUCACCAGAUUCAGCGACUGUGUUGUUCUUACUCGUAUAGGCAAUUUCUACGAGCUCUAUGGCGAGCAAGCCGAGCAAUAUGGCCCUCUCCUCAACCUCAAAGCAGCUCAAAGGAAAACCGCUCUUGGUCCGGUAGCCAUGGCGGGCUUCCAGUACACUCAAUUGGAUCGCUUUCUGAAGGCGCUUGUCCAGGGCUUGAACAAACAUGUUGCUAUCAGCGAAGAGGUUCGAAAUUCUCCUGCUGACCAAGUCAAAAAUGGCGGUCUCCUCUAUAAUCGGAAGGUUUCUCGUAUCGUUACUGCGGGCACUUUGAUUGAUGAAACCUUUGUCGACCCUUUCGAGAACAACUUUUUGCUGAGCAUACAUGCCAAUCUUGACACAACAGACAUUGUCUCUGCACCACAAGAUGCACAUGUGGGUCUUACAUGGGUGGACCUCUCAAGUGGUGAUUUCUUCACUCAAUGCACAGAACUAGCCACACUUGGCUCCGUCAUUGCUCGCAUAGGAGCCCGUGAGAUUGUCUUAGAUUCUAGCUUUGAACGAGUUGACCGAACUCUGCUAGAUCGGCUUUUGGGUGACGGAGGUCAUGCUGUGACAUAUCACAACCCUGACCCAAAUUUUGUCUCCAUUGAUCAUUGGGCUCCUAUGUUAGAAAAGCCUGUUUCCAAACAAGAAUUGCGUUCUUUCUCCGCGCAAGAGGUACUAGCGGGCUCAUUGCUAUUAGAUUAUGUCAAAGGCAGGUUGCUCGAAUUGAACGUUUCGUUGAGAAAUCCUAUCCGCCGCAACCAGAGCGAUUAUAUGAGCAUCGACAAACAGACCUUGAAAGCUUUGGAGAUCCGAUCUACCCUACGAGACGGACUCUUCCAGGGCAGUCUUCUGCAUGCGGUUCGGAGAACAACGACUAAGAGCGGUGCCAGAUUGUUAAGUCAAAGGCUAGUAUCACCAUCCAUGUCACUUCCAGAGAUUAACGGCCGUUUGGAUUUGGUUAAAGAGCUGCUCGAGCAUGAUCAGUUGCGCGAAGAUACCAUGUCUGCCCUGCGAAGAACUGCAGAUGUUCUGCGCCUGUUGCAGAGGUUCUCCAUUGGCAAAGGAGAUGCCGACGAUCUUUUGGCUCUUGCUAAAACAAUACAAAUCAUCAACCAGAUCGUGAACUUGAUGAACACACAUCUGCCCCGACAAAUGGAUAAUAUCCACUCUCUUUCAUCUUCAAUGUCAUUGAAAGCAUUGGUAGAUCGUCUCGACUUGGACGGUCCAUCAAAACUCGCAACUCGUAUCAUAGAGGCGAUUGAUGAAGAGGGCUUGUCUCAACAGCACUUGGCCGAAGAGGCAGAAGCGGUGGGUGUUGCCGAACUUGCAGAACAGAUUGUCGAGGCAGAGGAGCCUCAGGCGAAACCGACAAAAAACGGUAAAGCCAGCCUUAAAAAGGCCGCGGUAGUCGCAGAGCUCAACGCUGGAGAAUUCUGGAUCAUGCGCAGGAGUGCUAGUACAACUUUGAAACAAGGGCAUCAAAAUCUCGACGACAUCAUGCAAGAAAAGGUUCAGCUCUAUGAACGUUUGCGAGCAGAUAUUGGUAAUACAUUGACGCUCAAGUGGACGCCACAGCUGGGACAUUUCUGUCAUGUCAAAGGCAAAGACGUUCGAGCAGAGAUCCAGGACGCAAGAAACAUCAGUUCGACCAAGAAUACCAGAACCUUUUACCUUCCGGACUGGUCACACUUAGGAUCACGUUUGGAAGAUGCAAAGCUUCGUAUUCGCACAGAAGAGCAGAGGGUACUCAACGAUCUUCGCAAGCGUGUGAUUGAGAACCUAGUUAGGCUUCGGCGUAACGCUAAUGUCCUUGAUGAGCUAGAUGUUGGGUGCUCGUCUGCGGUCAUGGCAAGAGAGAGGAACCUAGUGAGGCCGGUGCUACACUCCGGCAAUACACAUAAAAUAGUUGGCGGUCGUCAUCCAAUGGUAGACAUAGGUCUGCAGGAGCAAGGUCGCCUCUUUACCGCCAACGACUGUAUUGUUGGCGGUGAACAGAGUAUUCUCUUGAUCACAGGGCCUAACAUGGCAGGAAAGAGUACCUAUCUCAGACAGAACGCCUUGAUUACCAUCUUAGCCCAAACUGGUUGCUUUGUUCCAGCAGAUUAUGCAGAAAUAGGGCUGGUAGACAAGAUCUUUAGCAGAGUGGGCUCUGCGGACAGCUUGUACAACCAUCAGUCGACUUUUAUGGUGGAGAUGCUCGAGGUGGCCGAUAUUCUCAAUCAAGCCACUCCACAAUCCUUUAUCAUCAUGGAUGAAGUGGGCCGAGGAACAACGCCCGAAGACGGUGUCGCUGUAGGAUAUGCCUGUUUGCAUCACCUGCAUAACACAAACCAAUGCCGCACAUUGUUUGCGACUCACUUCCAUUCUCUGGUCGAUAUGACCAAGGACUUUCGACAUCUGGCUUGUUACUGCACAGAUGUUGCAGAAGGAAAGGAUGGCUCAUGGGUCUAUGUUCAUAAGUUACGAGAAGGUGUAAAUAGGAGCUCGCAUGCGCUCAAAGUUGCGAAGCUUGCUGGUCUGCCGGACACAGCAAUCGCUGUGGCUAAGAGUGUCCUUGAUGGCUUUGAGCGUGAGAGAAAAAGUUCGUCUUAG